AAUCCGGAACGUGCCCAUACAUUUCCCAGACUGCAGCAGUAACAACAGGAAGUGUACCGCUUGGCUAAGGAGUUUCUCGCUAAGUGUAAUUUUUCAAACAGAGAUGACGUGUUCAUUAGAAAAUGUAUUGUCAGACGCCAAGUCGCUGGUGGAAAGACUUCGCAACCAUGACAAUGCAGCGGAAGUACUUAUCGAACAGACAACGUCCCUUAACAAGAGGGUGGAGGCCAUGAAACAGUAUCAGGAGGAGAUUGAAUCGCUGAACCAGGUAGCCCGGCAUCGGCCCCGUUCCAGCCUCGUCAUGGGCAUCCAGCAGGAAAACCGACAGAUCCGUGACCUACAGCAGGAAAACAAAGAGUUGAGAACCUCCCUGGAGGAACACCAGUCGGCCAUAGAGCUCAUCAUGACAAAAUACAGGGAGCAGGUCUUCAGACUCCUCAUGGCCAGUAAGAAGGACAACCCAGCCAUCGUCAACCAAUUAAAGGAGCAGCACACCACUGAAAUGCAAGCGCACAUAGACAAGAUCAACGAGAUGGCUACGGUGAUGAGGAAGGCCAUCGAAGUGGAUGAGGGGAGGUUGUGUGAAGACGAGGAGAGGAUCAAGCAACUAGAGCUGGAGAACAGUGGUCUUCGUGAGCUGCUAGGGAUCAGUCGAGAGGCCUUCCUACUUCUGACAAGAGAGGAGGCCUCAGAUAGCACAUCCCUGUCUGCCCUGUUGACCAGCGCCGACAUCAGCCUCCGGAAGAGUUAGGCCCACACCAGCACUAGCUUGGAGUGUGUGUGUGUGUAUAUAUGCGCCCCCACCUUGUACAGACCAUACCCCCCAAUCACCUACAGCCACACAGAGGGAACUCGACAAUGAACGAUGCCCCAGGUCAUACUGCCUCCCACCUGUCAUGCUACAAUGGAGGUAUACAGUAGGAAGCCUCUGAGACAAAUGGGAAAAAAUUACAUGCAUUUUUUGUCUUGGCACGCAUUGUGCUAUCUGAUGAGCCUGUGGGGUUUUAAAGUGUGAAUGAGUGAAUGUGCUGCUCUUGAAUGACAAUAAAACACUUGAAAGAAA